AUGGAAAGUGCUCACCAGCAAAGGAACCACUCAGCCCGCAUACUCUUACUCACCUUCGCUUGUCACAUCCUCUUUUCCCACCCUACCCUUCCCUUCCAAGGUGUCAAGGUGAGUGCAUCGGAGCGAACAACAACGUAUGGAGUGCUCACCAGCAAGGGAACCACGUGCCUGACCACACUCUCCCCUGCCCUUCCAAUGUUGGGUGGUGAGUGCAUCGCUGCUCACAGCAACGUGAGGAGUGCUCACCAGCAAAGGGACCUCCCUUCUAGAACACUCUUACUCGCCUUCGCCACUCACAUCCUCUUUUCUCUCCCUCCCCUUCCCUUCCAAGGCGCCGUGGUGACGGCAUCGGGCGAACAGCAUUGUGUGGAGUGCACGCCAGCAAAGGAACCACCCUGUCACCACACUCUUACGCACAUUCGCAGGUCACAUCCUCGCGGGCCUCCCUCUCCUUCCCUCCCAUGGUUGGGUGGUGAGUGCAUCGCUGCUCUCAGUAGCGUGUGGAGUGCUCACUAG